ACUUGUAGAAAAUUUCCGAAAAAUGACAAAAAAAAUGGCCGAACGAAAAGUUAGUUAAAAGUUCGACUGCUAACCAGACGUAUCACGACCUAUAAAUUCGCCUUGACUUGCAAAAGUGGCUUUAAGUUUAAUGAACCCGUCGGGGUCAUUUUCCCUUUUUACCAAUGACCGAACGUCAAAGUCCAAGUAGGGCAUUAAAUCAACAAGAGGUAUAUCAAUUAUUAUGGACUGUCGAUCAGAUCGAUGACGGCCACCAUCAAAGCUCCAGUCUAAAAGAAGCCAUGUCACUCUUCACAACGGAAAAUCCGGUCUUCGCAGGCUACGCCUUCUACAGUGCACUGCUAGCUUUCAAGAUGCUGUUACUAGCUCUACUAACCGGUUAUCAAAGAUUUAGGAAAAAGGCCUUCGUGAACCCCGAAGACGCCGCUCAAGCUGGUACUGAAGUCAAGCUUGUUCCUGAUGAAGAUGUUGAGAGGAUUCGUAGAGCCCACCUAAAUGAUAUGGAAAAUAUCCCGAUCUUCAUGAUCACAGGCCUCAUAUUUGUAGCAUCGGAUCCAAACGUAAUAUUUGCCUUAAUGAUGUUCCGGCUCUACACAAUUGGCCGAUUUCUACACACAGUGGUCUAUACAGUUUAUGUCGUGAAACAGCCAGCGAGGGCUAUUUCAUUCCAAAUAGGGCUUAUUACAAAUGUUAUUAUAAUAUUUUAUAUAUUUGUAUCAUUUCCACAACUUUGAGGUGAAUUUCAAUGUUAAGUUAAUGAUAUACGUAAUGGCUCAUAUGAGCUUCAUUUAAAAAUAAAUAAUCAAAACUCCUUACUGAUAAACAUUAUUUUAGU